CGUCUCUCUAUACAUAUGUACGCAAUCGAAAAGGCAGACGCCGCGUUCCUGCUUUUCACAAAGAGAGAGAAAGAGAGAAAGAAGAAGAAGAAGAAGAAGAAGGUGGAGAGGAGCAUAGCGCCGGAGAUGGACAACGGAUCGCCGGGAUCUGAAGCCUCCGGGCUGACUUUUAUGGAGACGGAGCUCACCUUGGGCUUGCCUGGCGUGUCUCACUGUAGAAAAUCCGGCAAGAAGCGUGGCUUCUCGGAGACUGUUGAAUUGAGCCUCGGGAGCUCUGCCAGCGUCCUUGAGUCUAGAGAUUCGAAUUGCAAGGAUGAUGGAUCGGGAAACGAGAUCGAUGCGACGUCCAGAGCUCCCCAAACGAAAGCUCAAGUGAUAGGAUGGCCGCCGGUGAGAUCAUUCAGGAAAACCGCGAUGAAAACGAGCAAGUACGUGAAGGUGGCCGUGGACGGAGCUCCGUAUCUGAGAAAGCUUGAUUUGGAGACGUACAACAGCUACCAGCAGCUGAUGAGUGCUGUAAACGACGUGUUUGGCGUCUUCACCAUCUGUAACGAGAGGAAGCUUCUGGACUCCGUAAACGGGUCAGAGUAUGUAGCUACAUACGAGGACAAGGAAGGCGACUGGAUGCUUGUAGGAGAUGUACCAUGGAAAAUGUUUGUUGAAUCGUGCAAACGUCUCAGGUUGAUGAAGACCUUGGAGGCAAUUGGGUCAGGCGGAAGGAUGUCUCCAAAUCCAAAAUGGCAGUUACUGAAGAAUGCUUAAAUGCUUGGGAGAGAGAGUUGCAUCAUCAGUGUAUGAAUGAAUGUACAGACACAAGACAGGCUAGAGAGAGAGGCUGUUGCUUUGUUCCCUUCCGGGGUAGAGUUGGUUAUAUAUAACUUCAUGUGAUAUACUACGAGUCUGAUUUCAUUUAUAUUAAUAUAUUCAUAUACAUAUACCGUUUGUA